CGUUUAUUUGUCCGCCUGUCUCUCAAACCAGAAAGUCGUCUCUCUCUCUCUCUGUUUCUUUGUGGGUUUGGUUCGCAAGACGGCUCAGAUGUUGCAGUUAUUCUUCGCCGUAGCCUUUUCGGCGGUGCCUUUGACGCUUUACGUUCCACCGAUUCGAAGCUUGAAUCUCUUCGUGGAGACGAUAGAGACUCUUCUGAGACAAAGCACAGAGUACACCGUUAGGCUUUAUCCUCGAAUUCGGCUCGCUUGUUCCAGGAUCCUGGCUUAUGUGCUUCGUAUCAGAAAUUUGAUACCCUAAAUUGAUAUCAAUUGAUCAUUAUUGGAUUCAGAUCUUAUUGUUUUUCUUCUUCUACCCUUUUCUAUACUUUGUAAAGUUUGCAGUUUUGGGGAAAAAAGGUUUAUCCCUGUUUAGAUUUUAGGAUUUUAAUUGUUUGAUUUGUAAAUGGAGGUUAUUCUUCCCAGGCAAAGUAAUAUAUCGAUUUCCGUUUGAUAGUA